CUUCUUAAAGGUAUCGUCACCGAAGCUCUUUGUGUGUUGUUAUUUGUGCAGAUAUGCACAAAGUGAGAGACGCAGAGCAGUUGGUGUGAGGAAGCCUGUUAUAGUCUCUUCUGUUUCACUGUGCUGGUUGAUCAAACGCUUGUGCUCUCGCACAAGAUGCUAGUGUGAGGAAGUCUGUUUAUGUCUCUUCUGUUUCAGUGUAUCUGCUGUCACGAAUCCCUCAGUCUGUCGUCUAAACGUCUGGACAUGAACAUCUUUCAAGAGUCCCACUGCUCCAUUUUAGGAGUUCUCCUGGUUUUCCUUCACCAAGGGUCAUGUGCUGAUCCAGAUGUUGAGGUGCACAAAGCUGUUGGAGACUCCCUGGAAUUAAUCGCUGAUUAUCCAAAAAGAGAUCUUGAAGUGCAGUGGAAAUAUAAUCAGACUAUAUUUGCUGAGUAUCCAAAUGAUGAUCUCCAAAAAGUGAAUUCUGAAUUAUUUAAUAACAGGUUACAGAUGAAUAAGAACAAUAUUAGUGUAACAGUAACAGACCUUACACUCCAGGAUUCUGGAAGAUUUUCUAUUGUUGCAGAAAGUAAAUCUUUUCAAUAUAAAACAAUAGUCUUUGUACUACAUGUUCAUGGUCUCAUCAGAGAGGUAAAGAUUGAGGACAAUUAUGUCUGGCUGCAAUCAGAAAACAUCUGCAUGUUUCAUCUUCGGUGUGUGGCGUCUGGUGAUCCGAGUCCCUCCUACAGCUGGAUCAGUCCUCAGACUCAAGGAUCACAGCUGAAUAUCAACCUCAGUUUAGCAGAGAGCGCUACACUCAACUGCACAGGCAACAACACCGUCAGCGUCAAGUACACUACCAAGACUGUAGUGUGCACAGACAAAUCUGAGGUUCAGCAGUUCUGUGUUAAAAGUUAAAUGAUUAAAUUCUCGAAGGAUUAUACAGUUUACAAAAGAUUACUUUGAAAUAAAGACAAACUUAGAAACAGGCCACUCAUUUUUGGAGACACAUUUAAAUGACGAUAUGUGUAUAUUUGUUGAUUUGCUCUUAAAUGAUCAUGUUAGAUUAUAAUUCAUCAUGAUAUGUUCAUGAGCAGUUUUAGGAUCUGUACAUAUAUACAACAUGAACACAAUUAAAUCUCUUCAAGCCACCAGUUAUACAGCAUUAUUAUUUAUCUUAUUUACUUGUUUAUUUCUGAUUAAAUGAACUUGCAAACA